AUGCUUUCGAAACAUUAUCUUCUCUCUUUACUAGCCAUCUCUAGCUGGUUCUUGCCUAGUAUACUUGCGGCCAGUACUACUGUUAAAGUCUCUCUUGGAGAUUCGAUUCAAGAUGCCAUCAAUUCACUCCCUGACGAUGAUUCAUCCGCUAUAAUUGAAGUCGAAAGUGGAACGUAUAAUGAAAACAUCACUAUCAGCCGCCCCAACAUCGUUUUCAAGCCCUCGGAAUCAGGACAAGUUGUCUUAGAGCAGUCCGUUGAAAACUAUGCUGUAGUUUACAUUGAAAGUACCGGUGAAAAUAUUGCUUUCUACAACUUUGAAAUUAUCAACAGUAUUGGAGAGGCAGCAGGCAAUCAAAACGCCUUACGAACAUAUGGUGCGCGCUUGGCAAUGUAUAACUGCAAACUGGUUGGUUUUGGUGACACAGCAUUUUUCGUUCGUGGCAGCGGCUACCUGUAUAACACUUGGGUUGAAGGCAAGUAUAAUCUCUAUGUUUACAAGUCUACUGUGGCAUGUAGCGGAAAGGGUGCUGUCACUGCUGCCUCAACUCUGCUUGAUAAUACUGCUGGUGGAUUUGUUUUCAACCAGGCAAACUUCACUCCUGUUGUCUCUUCAAUUUACGACAAACGUCAAGAAGAUGAUCACUCGUAUUCUUCGCCACUUUCUCCUGACGAGUACGAAGCUUCUACUAUCCUUGGACGACCAUGGCAUAAUGGACCUCGUGUAAUAAUCGUCCACAGCAAUAUCAUGGGCCAUAUCAGACCGGAAGGUUGGGAUGCCUGGAACUUUUCCGAUGAAGAACUCAAAAACAAUGUUUUCUAUGCAGAAUAUGGCAACACUGGUCCUGGAGCCGAUACUUCUGGCCGCGUGUCAUGGUCAAAGCAGAUCUCUGAAGAGGAGGCUACAGCAUACCUUAGCGCUAAAACUUAUUUUGACAAUUUGGACUUGGGAACCGACUGGAUCGAUCCCGAAUAUUUGGAUUAA